GUUUCCAAUGAACAAGAGGAGGUGUUCCCUCCCCGGUGGGGUUAGAGUAUUGCCACAGUGAAGACUCGGCGCACCAUUCAGAGGAUGACAGAGGCCACGAGGAAGAGUCAAGGUCAGCAGGGGAGUGUAAGAAUAGAUACGUCUUCUUCUCCUAUGAUUUCACAUUAAGGGCCAGUUGUGUGUGACCAGUGUAGGAGUUUCUCAGGAGCCGGUGCAGCAGGAGUAACAUCCUGCCAAAACUCAACUUUACACCAUGGUUUUCCCUGAGUCAAAGGAUAAGCAACAACUCACAAGCAACUCUGUGGGAAGCAGCCCCAGCCAACAGUACAGAUCAAACCCAUCCUUACCCCAACACUCUGGAAGUCCACAACAUCUCAGCUCUAAUGGGAAUAUUUCACCAGUUAACAUCAGUCUCCAUUACGAGCCACAGGAGUACACUGAGACAGACUUUCUACUCCCCAAUCAACUGUACGGUGGGUCAAGGCUCAGUGGAUCCAUGAGAGCAAAGGAUGCAGAUGGCUCGGGUGCACCUGCAGAGUCAGUCUGCUCCAUGGUGCUGCAGAUCCUGGUGCCAUUUCUGCUGGCUGGGCUUGGGACAGUCUCUGCUGGGAUGCUGCUGGAUGUGGUUCAGAACUGGGACGUGUUCCAGGAAAUCACAGAGAUCUUCAUUCUGGUCCCUGCUGUAUUAGGCAUGAAGGGGAACCUGGAAAUGACUCUGGCCUCUAGACUCUCCACUGCUGUGAACACAGGAAAAAUGGAGUCUGCCAGAGAAAAGUGGACGUUGAUUGUUGGGAACCUGGCACUCAAGCAGCUACAAGCCACAGUGCUGGGCCUGUUAGCCUCCCUGAUGGCGAUUGUCUUGGGCUGGAUGGCAGAAGGAAAGAUGCCCUUUAAUCACGUAGUGCUUUUGUGUUCAGCCAGUGUUACUACUGCCUUCGUGGCUUCAUUGUUGCAAGGUAUCAUCACGGUGGUAGUGAUCAUUGUCUCCAAGAGAAUGGGAAUCAACCCUGACAAUGUUGCGACACCCAUGGCAGCCAGCUUUGGGGACCUUAUCACUCUUGCCUUGCUGGCCUGCUGCAGUCAGUGGUUCUACUCUUUCACAGAACUGUACCCCUAUGUGCUUUACCUGGUGGAUCUGUUGUUUUUGUGCCUGAUCCCUCUCUGGGUGGUCGUCUCCUCCAAACACCCAGCCAGUCACAUCCUGCUUCGCACAGGCUGGGAACCAAUCAUUACAGCAAUGGUCAUCAGCAGCAUUGGGGGACUUGUUCUGGACAAGUCUGUGUCUGAUCCAAACUUGGCAGGAAUCAUAGUUUAUGCUCCAGUCAUAAAUGGUAUUGGAGGAAACCUCGUCUCCAUACAGUCUAGUCGUAUUUCUACUAAUCUGCAUUUGAAAUUCUCACAUGGAGAGGUUCCUGAGGACCGUAAGGGCUGCUACAGCCCUUGCCGCACUUUCUUUGGCUCAGGAGCAAACCAUCGAUCUGCGCAGAUUCUGCUUCUUUUGGUCAUCCCUGGUCAGUUGAUCUUCUUACACACCAUCCACCUGAUGAAAGGAGGCCACACUUUUCCCAGUCCUCUCUUAACUGUCGCCUUCUUGUCUGCUUCCCUGAUUCAGGUCUUCUCCCUGCUGUGUAUGGCUGACUGUAUGGUCCACUGGCUUUGGCGGAGACGUAAAGACCCCGACAGUUACUCAAUACCCUAUCUCACAGCCAUCGGAGACCUUCUAGGGACCGCUCUCCUCUCUCUUGCCUUUCUCAUUCUUUGCAGCUCGUCAGAAAACAUGGAUGCACACAACUACAGAACUUGAGGCUCAUUACUGCUGAGUGCACUUAAUUGUAGCACACCUCUUGUUUAUAGGACUGAGUUUUUACUCUUUACAGCCAUCAUUUUUUAUACUACUUUUUAUAUUAGAUUUUGAACAAAAGGAAAUAAAAGCACAAUUAUAUGUCCCCAACUUAAAAUGUAAUUUUGGUUCAUUUUAUCAAUUUAAAAAAAAAAGAGUUUUGUAUCUCUCUUUAUUUUGUAGUGGGCAUACAGGAAAGGGUAGUAGGCAUAUGGUGUUGUUGUGGUUGCUAGCCAGUUCCCCCUCCAGGCAAGGAUAUUUUACCUAUAGACGGCUGACUGAUGCCCUGUGACGCAGUUAUACAUUGAGUUAGACCCUGCUUAAGAAACCUAAGAUUGACUGGCAAUAACCAGCUUAAUUGUAUCACUUCUUUCAGAGCACAUCGUCCCGUGGAUGUACAGCGAAAAAACCUACCAAACAACUGAGUGUAUGUGCUGCUAGGGAAUCAGGUGGUACCUCAGAUAGCCUGAGGGAGACUCGAGCACAUGUGCAAGAGCCUCGCACUAUUUAACGAAGCAGCAGAGCCAGUGUAUAAACUAUUUUGAUUUAAGGCCUAACAACGCUUAUGAUAUGGUCAUUAAAAUCCUCUAUGCAAAAAGGAAUAAGGCUUCUGAUAAUGCUCUAUCAACUAGCUUGCUAGUAUGCAACAAAAAAAAUCUCCCUCUGCCUCCGACAAGAAUGGUCAAACAAAAAGUGCAACAAAGAAGAAAAACACUUACACCCUUCUGUGCUUCCGUUUAAUACAGGUAGAGCACAGGAAACAACUCAUGCUAUCUUACAUAUAUAUAUAUAUGAUAUAUUAAAGCUCGAACUAUCUACGUCAAAUAUGAAAGAUGUCAUAAGAUACAUAAAAGUGCUUUACAAGCCGUUAUUUAGCAAGCCAAAACUAUUUCUGAUCAUGCAUAAUGCACAUAGGUCAAAAGGCUUUGCUGUCAUAACAACCUCGGGGUUCUACAGUGCGACCACUAUCGUACAGAUCACAGUAAGUUUUACACGAGCUGUGGCUGCUUGCCGCUGUCAGAUUACAGUUUGAUUACGCUAUUUCCUCAAAUAAAACCUGUAGUCAAUUAAAAGCCUGGUCUCCUAUAAUGGCCAGGGCUGUGGUCAACACAAAAAGAUAAAGGCUGGCCCCUAAAUACAGGCCAAGAAAAUAAAUUCAACAAUAUAAUCAUGCUAUUUUCAACACUUUGUGGGCACAAUGGUGGCAUUUGAUUAAUUUAUUCUGAUCCACUUUGUUGUCCUUUAAUCUUGUCUAGCUGUUGUUGCAUAUGGUAUGACUGAAAAUGUUUCACAUUAAAAAAGCCCUGUUAAGAAUUUCAUCAAUUUUUUUUUCAUUAAGAACCUGCAAUUUGGCCAAGUCCCCCAUACGAAUAAAAGGUAUCUUUACAGAGUUGAUACUUUGACAUCUGAAAGAAAAAGAUAAGAGAGACACCAUAGGGUGAAAAUAAAUAAUAUGAUGGACAUGUUAAAAUGUCAUUAACAGAAUAUAUACAGUGGUCGCUAUAAUAGAUAGAUAGAUAGGUAGACUUUAUUGAUCCCAUGAGGGAAAUUGUCAUGUUAUGGAAGACUGGGGAAACAAUAGAAUUAAAAUUAAAACCACAAAUGCCGAAUUGCAGACCUGCAGAACCAGAUACUGAGAAAAAAAUAGAAUAUAUACACCAGAAGCAGCAUUAAUCAGAAAUACAGUGUGCAGUUUAAGAAAGGUUGGAGUGCAAUAAGAGCCAUGCAAGAUGGUAGUGUAUAACAAAAUCUAGUAAAAGUACCAUAUAGACAGUAUGUACAGCUGGUAGUGCAGCAGUAUGUUCACCUGUCAAACAGAGGUGAGCUGUUGAUGGUCAGACUCUGUUAUGACCCAUAGGUGAACUAUUCUGUUUGGUUUUCUAUACAUCAACCACAGCUGGUAUUGGUUUCAUGGUGUAUUUAUCAAACUUGACAUCACCCCCUAUAGGAUAGGGCCAGUAAGUCUUGGGUCAAGUUGGAAUAAUAUAUACUGACUACUCCUCUCAUGAAAAACUUAAUGUUUUCCAUAUGUUCUACUUAUGUAUGGAUACUUAUGUAAUGUGAGUUAGCUUCAAUUGUCAGAAUCUUCCAUCUGGAAGAGUGUUCAUUUUCUGUCAAUACUUGUACUUGCAUGUGCAGAAAUGUUAUUUACCCAAGUUUUAAUAAACACCUGAAGUGAGUCUCCUUUAUGACUGAUUGAAUCU